AUGAGCAGUCAGGGGACGCGAGGCGGCGGUAACCGUUUCCCUGGCGUCGUAGCAGCGCCUUUUGCAAUGGUCAAGCUUGGGCCUGAUGUAGUAAAUGGGACUAUGGAUGCCUACUCUGGAUAUCUUCCAGACGGAAAAAUAUGGGGAUUUAGCAUGAUGCACGAGUCUGGAACGGGAGGAGCACCGAAAUAUGGCGUUGUGUCACAGAUUCCAGUACUUGGAGAAGUACCGAAUCCUCUUGUGGAUCUAUCUCAACCUCGAGAAUUGCCAGAUGAGGCAAGUGUUGGAUACUACAAAUCCACUCUUGCGAACGGUGUGACGGUGCAAUUGGCUGCCACCGAACAUGCCGGUCUAUACUCUUACUCGUUCCCAAGUAAUGGCACGGCAUCCAUUGUCGUUGAUGCAUCACAUGUACUUCCCAGCUUCAGGGGAUUGGGCUGGGAACAGCAUUACUCCGGGGGCAGCUUUAGCAUCUUUCCUGAUGGACAUUACGAAGGCUCUGGCACUUAUAACAACGGAUGGAAUCUCUCGCCCGAUUGGACAAUCUACUUUUGCGGAAAUUUCAGCCACCAGCCUUUUAGCUCACGGACUUUCAACGGUAAUGUAAGUGCGUCUAGAUCCUACAGCAACUCGUCUUCGGUUUCCGGUCAUGCGAGACUUGGAGGUGUGUUUACUUUCGUCGAAACCGAUCUGAAGUCACGAGUGGGCAUCUCGUUCAUAUCUACCGAGAAAGCCUGCAGGAACUUGAAUGCGGAGAUUACUAAAGACACGGAACUUGAAACUCUGGUUCAGAUUGCGAAGAGUAGAUGGAACGAGGAGGUAUUCAAUAAAGUGCAGAUAUCAUCAAACCAUACGGAAGACUUACAGCUCCUCUACAGCUCGCUCUACGGGAUGUUCCUCAUCCCCUCGAACAGAACCGGUGAAAAUCCAAAUUGGAGCAGCACAGAACCGUACUACGACGAUGUGUUCACUCUUUGGGACACACACCGCUGCCACACCUCGCUUUCCCACAUCAUCCAGCCAAAAGCAUACGAAGACUUCAUCCGCUCGCUCAUCGACAUCUGGCGACACGACGGCUUUAUGCCCGACGCGCGCUCCUCGAACUUCAACGGCAGAGUACAGGGGGGCUCAAACGCGGAUAACGUGCUAGCCGAUGCGUUUGUCAAAGGAGUGACAGGGGCUAUUAACUGGGAAGAUGGUUUCGCCGCUAUGCAAACUGACGCCGAAGUCGUACCAGCAAACAACUUCGACCCGAAAGCGCCUGACUCCUCGACGAAGGAAGGGCGCGGUGCGCUACCAGAUUGGCUACAAUACGGAUAUAUCACCCCGCGAUACUCCAGGGCUGUGUCCAAGGCGGUAGAGUACUCAACGAACGACUUCGCCCUCUACCAAGUAGCCGCCGGCCUAGAAAAGGUAGACGAAGCAGAGAGAUACUUUAAUCGCUCCCGCAACUGGCGGAACCACUGGAACCCUCGUGCAACCUCCCACAACCACACAGGCUUCGUCGUUCCGCGUGCCGCAAAUGGUUCUUUCCUCCCGCAAGACCCUCUUGAGUGUGGCGGCUGUUACUGGGGCGAUGCAUACUACGAAGACAACAGUUGGAUAUACAGCAUGAAUGCUAUCCACGAUGUCGCUGAGCUCAAGCGGAGAGUAGGCGGCGACGAGCGGUUUGUAGAUCGCUUGAACAAGCUGUUUGAACUGAAGAUAUUCAAUGCGGGGAAUGAGCCUGGGUUUACGAGUCCGUUUCUUUAUAAUCUUCUGAGAGGGGCGCAGUGGAGGAGUGUUGAUCGUAGUCGGUAUAUUGGGGGGUUAUAUGGGGCUGGGGAGAAGGGGUUGCCUGGAAAUUCUGAUGCGGGGGCUAUGGAGAGUAAUUUAUUGUGGCAGAUGAUUGGGCUAUAUCCGUUGACGGGGCAGACUACUUUCCUCGUUUUGUCUCCCUGGUUUGAGUCUAUGACUAUCAGAGUUGGAGAUGGCAAGAUGCUUAAGAUUACUACGACUGGUGGUGAUCGUGGUACUGCAUUUUAUGUUCAGAGUCUGAAGGUCAAUGGAGAGGUGUGGGAUAAGGCGUGGGUGGCUUGGGAGGAUGUGUUUCAGGAUGGAGGGACCAUGGAAUAUGUGCUUGGAGAGCGCCCAGUAGAUUGGGCGACAGGCGAUCUGCCUCCGAGCCCGGCUUCUUGGGAAACUUCCUAUUUGUAG